AGCUGGAAAACCCUGCGGUAAGACCCUCUGCACAGCCCCUUUUCAUUGUCUGUUUUUGGCGCCUGCGCAGUCAGAGAUAGUUGGGACUGAGCCGGGAAGGGGGUAGGGCCGGGCUCCUCGCCCUUUCCCCAGGCGCCUGCGCAUUAGGCGGCCGCUCUUUGCCGUUACCGCUAUGUGUGGGGCGUGUAUGGAAUAACGUUGGUGCCCAGCGGAGCCGAGGGGCCGGGAUCUUGAUCCCAGCGGCAGGGACGACGACGACAGCGGCGACGACACUGUCGGGGGAGGACGGCGUGCAAGAGACUCACGGGACGCGACGCGCCCCGCCUCCCCCGUCCGGUCCCUCUCUCCGCGGUGAGGGGAUGACGUAGCUUUGCCAAAGACUUAGAAGCUAAGCAGAAAAUGAGCUUAACAUCCUGGUUUUUGGUGAGCAGUGGAGGCACUCGCCACAGGCUGCCACGAGAAAUGAUUUUUGUCGGAAGAGAUGACUGCGAGCUCAUGUUGCAGUCUCGUAGUGUGGAUAAGCAACAUGCUGUAAUCAAUUAUGAUGCCUCUACGGAUGAACAUUUGGUUAAAGAUUUAGGCAGCCUAAAUGGGACUUUUGUGAAUGAUGUAAGGAUUCCAGAACAGACUUACAUCACCUUGAAACUUGAAGAUAAGCUGAGAUUUGGAUAUGAUACAAAUCUUUUCACUGUAGUACGAGGAGAAAUGAGGGUCCCUGAAGAAGCUCUAAAGCAUGAGAAGUUUACCAUUCAGUUUCAGUUGUCCCAGAAAUCUUCAGAACCGGAAUUAUCAAAAUCCGCAUGUGCCAAAAGCAUAGAUUCCAAGGUUGCAGAUACUGCAACAGAAGUACAGCACAAGGCUACAGAAGCACUAAAAUCUGAGGAAAAAGCCAUGGAUACUUCUGCUAUGCCCCGUGGUACUCCAUUAUACGGACAGCCAUCAUGGUGGGGGGACGAUGAGGUGGAUGAGCAAAGGGCGUUCAAGUCAAGUGGCAAACCAGAAGAAAAAAGUCAAGAAACUGGAACACCAGGGUGCAGCUUAGAUGCCAAGCAAGUUGAGGAACAAUCUGCAGCUGCAAAUGAAGAAGUACUUUUUCCUUUCUGUAGGGAACCAAGUUAUUUUGAAAUCCCUACGAAAGAAUUUCAGCAACCAUCACAAAUAACAGAAAGCACUAUUCAUGAAAUCCCAACAAAAGACACACCGAGUUCCCAUACGACAGGUGCAGGGCAUGCUUCUUUUACCAUUGAAUUUGAUGACAGUACCCCAGGGAAGGUAACUAUUAGAGACCAUGUGACAAAAUUUACUUCUGAGCAGCGCCACAAGUCAAAGAAGUCUUCUCCCGGAACUCAAGACCUGCCAGGGAUUCAAACUGGAAUGAUGGCACCUGAAAACAAAGUAGCUGACUGGCUAGCACAGAACAACCCUCCUCAGAUGGUCUGGGAAAGAACGGAAGAGGAUUCCAAAAGUAUUAAAAGUGAUGUUCCAGUUUACUUGAAAAGGUUGAAAGGAAAUAAACACGACGAUGGUACACAGAGCGAUUCAGAAAAUGCCGGGGCUCCCAGGCGCUGCAGCAAACGGGCAACACUUGAGGAACACUUAAGGCGCCACCACUCAGAGCAGAAAAAGCUACAGAAGGCUCAGGCUGCCGAAAAGCAUCUAGACCAAGCUGUUACUAGCUCUGCGCAUCACAGAGGGGGGCAUGGUGUUCCACAUGGGAAAUUGUUAAAACAGAACUCAGAGGAGCCAUCGGUGUCAAUUCCCUUCCUACAAACUGCAUUGUUAAGAAGUUCAGGGAGUCUUGGGCACAGACCGAGCCAGGAGAUGGAUAAAAUGUUAAAAAGUCAAGCUACUGCUGCUACUUCUGAAAAGGAUAAUGAUGAUGACCAAAGUGACAAGGGUACUUAUACCAUUGAGUUAGAGAAUCCCAACAGUGAGGAGGUGGAAGCAAGAAAAAUGAUUGACAAGGUGUUUGGAGUAGAUGACAAUCAGGAUUAUAAUAGGCCUAUUAUCAAUGAAAAACAUAAAGAUCUGAUAAAAGAUUGGGCUCUCAGUUCUGCCGCAGUAGUAAUGGAAGAAAGAAAGCCACUCAGUACACCUGGGUUUCACAACUCAGAGGAAGGCACAUCUUCAUCUGGAAGCAAGCGUUGGGUUUCACAAUGGGCUAGUUUGGCUGCUAAUCAUACAAGGCAUGAUCAAGAAGAAAGGAUAAUGGAAUUGUCUGUACCUGUUUCUUUAGAGAAUGAUACAGAUAUCAGUGAAUCGGGCAUUUCAAUGAGAAGCACUGGCUCAUUAACUUCAUUGGCUAGUCAGGGAGAGAGAAGGAGACGAACCCUUCCCCAGCUUCCAAAUGAAGAAAAGUCUUUGGAGAGCUGCAGAGGAAAGGUUAUGACACAGAGGUCAGAGAUAGGAGAAAAACAAGACACAGAGCUUCAGGAGAAAGAAGCCCCUACACAGGUAUACCAGAAGGAUAAACAAGACACCGACAGGGCCCGGAACAUAGUGAACCGCGCAGUAAAUGGGGAGACUCUUAAAACUGGUGGAGAUACUAAGACUCUGCUGCACUUAGGCAGCGCUUUGUCUGGAAAGGAGAAAAGUGAAACUGAUAAGGAAGCUUCUUUGGUAAAGCAAACCUUAGCUAAACUUCAGCAACAGGAACCAAAGGAUCAGGCCCAGUGGACAUCUACUAAAUUAUCUUCCAAAAAUCUUGCAGGUCAGAUAGAGAGGUGUAGGGAGGAGUCUUUUAAACAAGAGUCACAACCUCAAGACAGAAUUCCAGGACAUUCUGCAAGCAAAGGAGACAGGGCAAUACAAAAUGAGGGCAAGCGAAGAAAAGCUGAGGAAAUUCUAAAAAGUCACACUUCAAAGGGGGGAGACAAGAAGGAAUCCUCCAAGCCAUUAGUGCGACAAGGAAGCUUCACUAUAGAGAAACCUACCCCAAACAUCCCCAUAGAGCUUAUCCCCCAUAUAAAUAAACAGACUUCGUCUACACCGCCAUCUUUAGCAUUAACAUCGGCCAGCAGAAUACGAGAAAGAAGCGACUCCAUGGAUACUGAUUCCAGCAUGGACACAACCCUUAUUCUAAAAGAUACAGAAGCAGUCAUGGCGUUUCUCGAAGCUAAACUGCGUGAAGACAAUAAAACCGAUGACGGCCCAGACACUCCCAGUUAUAACAGAGACAACUCCAUCUCCCCGGAAUCUGAUGUGGACACAGCUAGUACAAUCAGUCUGGUUACCGGCGAGACUGAAAGGAAGUCAACCCAAAAGCGAAAGAGUUUCACUAGCCUCUAUAAAGAUAGGUGUUCCACAGGUUCUCCUUCCAAAGAUGUGACAAAAUCAUCAUCUUCCGGUGCUAGGGAGAAAAUUGAAAAGAAAACAAAAAGCCGGUCCACCGACGUAGGCUCAAGAGCAGAGGGUCGUAAAUUUGUACAAUCCAGUGGAAGAAUAAGACAGCCUUCGGUAGAUUUAACAGACGACGACCAAACCUCUAGCGUACCUCAUUCUGCCAUCUCAGAUAUCAUGUCAUCGGAUCAGGAAACGUACUCUUGUAAACCUCAUGGAAGGACUCCGCUUACCUCAACCGACGAGCAUGCACAUUCCAAACUGGAAGGAAGUAAGGUCACUAAAUCCAAGACCUCGCCCACUGUGCCUGGUUCGUCCAGCAAAUCCACCACUCUUCCAAGGCCACGACCUACCAGGACUUCCCUGUUGCGCAGAGCACGCCUUGGUGAAGCUUCAGACAGUGAACUUGCCGAUGCCGACAAAGCAUCCGUUGCUUCUGAAGUGUCCACAACAAGUUCAACAUCGAAACCUCCCACAGGCAGGCGGAACAUCUCUAGGAUUGAUUUAUUGGCUCAGCCUCGCAGAACGAGGCUUGGCUCCUUGUCAGCUCGCAGUGACUCUGAAGCAACCAUCUCUAGAAGUAGUGCCUCUUCACGGACCGCGGAAGCCAUCAUUAGAAGUGGAGCCCGAUUAGUUCCUUCAGAUAAGUUUUCUCCUAGAAUCAGAGCUAACAGCAUCUCUCGACUCUCAGACUCCAAGGUCAAAAGCAUGACCUCAGCACAUGGCUCUCCUUCAGUAAAUUCAAGAUGGAGGCGCUUUCCUACUGAUUAUGCUUCCACCUCAGAAGAUGAAUUUGGAUCAAACCGUAAUUCCCCUAAACAUACCCGUCUACGUACUUCUCCAGCCCUGAAAACGACUCGAUUGCAGAGCUCUGGGUCAGCAAUGCCUACUAGUUCUUCGUUCAAGCACCGGAUCAAAGAACAGGAAGACUACAUCCGAGAUUGGACUGCCCAUCGGGAAGAGAUAGCCAGGAUCAGCCAAGAUCUUGCUCUCAUUGCUCGGGAAAUCAACGAUGUAGCAGGAGAGAUAGAUUCAGUGACGUCAUCAGGCACUGCCCCUAGUACCACAGUAAGCACUGCCGCCACCACCCCUGGCUCUGCCAUAGACACUAGAGAAGAGUUGGUUGAUCGUGUUUUUGAUGAAAGCCUCAACUUCCGAAAGAUCCCCCCAUUAGUUCAUUCUAAAACACCAGACGGGAACAACUGUCGGUCUAAUGAUUCAAGACCUCAGCCGUCAGAGCCACCGGAUCACUUAACAAUUACAAGGCGGAGAACCUGGAGCAGGGAUGAAGUCAUGGGAGAUAAUCUGCUGCUGUCUUCCGUCUUCCAGUUCUCCAAGAAGAUAAGACAGUCUAUAGAUAAAACAGCUGGGAAGAUCAGAAUAUUAUUUAAAGAUAAAGAUCGGAAUUGGGAUGAAAUAGAAAGCAAGUUAAGAGCUGAAAGUGAAGUUCCUAUUGUGAAAACCUCAAGCAUGGAGAUUUCUUCUAUCUUACAGGAGCUGAAAAGCGUUGAAAAGCAGCUACAAGCAAUCAAUGCUAUGAUUGAUCCAGAUGGAACGUUGGAGGCUCUGAACAACAUGGGAUUUCCCAGCGCCAUGCUGCCGUCUCCGCCCAAGCAGAAGUCCAGCCCUGUGAAUAACCACAGCAGCCCGGGUCAGACACCAACACUGUGCCAGCCAGAAGCUAGGGUCCUUCAUCCUGCUGCUACCUCAGUCUCAGCUGAAUUUGAGAACACAGAAUCUGAGGCUGAUUUCAGUAUACAUUUCAAUAGGUUCAACCCUGACGGGGAAGAGGAGGAUGUUGCAGUACAUGAAUGACUCUCUCUCUUGAUUGUUAGAAAAUAAUUACCUGUGGAAUGACUAGGAAUAUCAGCAGCAGCAUAGUGUUGACUUGUGCAAAACACGACAGCUUGGUCAAGUACAAUCUUGUUAUCUCUGGCUUCUUAAUUUUAUUUAUUUAUUUUUUUCCUAUAACGUGGUGUCAUAGUCAUCCUUUCAAGCCAUUUAGAUAACCACUUGAUGCACAUAUAGGAAAAAGCAGAUUGUGGCAAUUUCACCCCUUGUGGUUUUAUGAUUUUCAAAUUGAAUUAUAUACUUGCAUUCUUUCCCUUCAUAGAUUUUUGUGUUUUUGUUUUUGUUUUUAAGCCAUGCUGUGACCUACAAGCAAACUAAAUACCCACCAUUUUCAGACCCCCAUGUCUCCUGUGCCAAGCUGCUCCCUGAAAUGGACUCUCUCUUCAUCUGUACAGAUUUGUUAAACACUUAUAUUUGCUUCUCAAAAAUAGGAUUUCUAUUAGUACUCAUUACCAUUGGAUACAAUGACAUAUUACUCUCUACACUCAAACUGACCUUUCAAAACAGUCAGUCUUGUGUUCUAAAAUUUUCCAACAUAUAUGUGAUUUAUAUAACUUUGUUGCUACGUAAAUUGUCUUGGGGUUUACUAAGAUGAACUAUUAUGUUUGCACUAAGAUUUGCUGGGAGUGGUAGGUGGACAUAUCUAUAUAUCAAUAAGGACUAACCGUCUUUUUUUGUACAUAGGAGAUUGAUAAUACUGUAUUUGUUUUAACCCCACAGUGUUUUACUCCACUUUCGAAAAGAUGAAUUUGGCACUUUUUUCAAUUUUCUUUUUUUAUGGAAGUAAGAUUUUGUCUCUCAUUUUAGGGCAAAUGAUAACUAGAAAGAUGAAACUAGACGGAUAGUUUAAGUGGAGUAUAUUUUUAAAACUAAGAACAUGUAUAUUGUUUUCCUGUGUUCCCAAGUUUAUAUGUGACAGUUGGAAAAAAAAAAUUCCCUUGAAAUGAUCAUGAAGGUAAAUUUUUCUUCAUUAGGAGACUUGGAGAUCCAGUAGGCUAAGAUUAGUUGAUAGUUUCACUCCCAAGCAGUGAAUUGCUUCUGUGUGUUUCCCUGUAGGACCCAGUAGUAAAUCCUGUCUGUCUGACUCAUUUGUAAGAACCCUGCAAGAUGACAAAGGCGUUAGGUCUGUGCAACUAAACGGGAAGCCUGUGAAAAAUACCUAUGAUAAACUUGCUUUUUCUCUUUCCAGUAAGGUCACAUUUGGAUAAGUUUAAAAAGAAAGUAAUUAUCUUUGUGUUUCCAGAACACUAUAAUUUGGGUGAAUCUUAAUUCAGUUAAAUAUGAUUAGUAGACUUGGAUUUUCCCCCUGACCCCAUCAGUCUAUAAAGGUUAAAACUGCAGCCUUGCAAAUUUAUGAAAUGGUCUUUAAUAUUUCAGCAAUAAUCCUGUGCUAUAUUUGUUUUAAGAAAGUAACUCUGUACACUUCAAAACGUUACAGGAUUUUUAAAAUCCUGUACUGUUGGGCCAGUUAAUAAAGACUCAAAAAGAACUCUUUGUAGAGAUGUAAAAACAAAAGUCUGUUGUAUACUGGAUCUCAUAUAUUUCUUUAAAUUUAAAAAAAAAAAGUUAAAUUAAUUAUUCUCCUUGUAAAGCUAAAUUCCCCAUUCUAGCUAAUAAAGUAAGACUGAAAAAAAGGUUUUAAAGAACAUGAAUGGAAAGAUACAAAUGUUUUGAAGGAAUAAAUGAAACAUUAAAACAGGGUCAAUCUAUUUGAAAAAAAAAGUCAAGCAAAAUGAUCACCAUUUUUCCCUUUUAUUUAAUAUUUGGGUACUGAUAACAUCCACAUGGAAGUGAAAGGUAAGGAGUUAUUUAGGAAAAUAUUAGCAUCUACUCUACUUACAUUAUUGUUUAAGUGUUUACACGGUUUUGUUUAAUUAUAAACAUUUGGCCUUUUACUAUGUUAUUUUUAUUUUUUAUGAAUACAUUAUUCUCCUUAUUUAUUUUUGUUACAUUUAUUACUUAUGUUAUUUUGUUAUGCAUUUACAACUCCAUUUUUAAAUAAAGUGUUUCUGGAACU